AUGGCGGCGUAUAGAGCUGACGACGAUUACGAUUUCCUCUACAAGGUGGUGCUAAUUGGGGAUUCCGGCGUCGGCAAAUCUAACCUCCUUUCUCGAUUCACCCGCAACGAGUUCAGCCUCGAGUCUAAAUCCACGAUCGGCGUCGAAUUCGCCACCCGUAGCAUCCGCGUCGAUGAAAAAAUCGUCAAGGCUCAGAUUUGGGACACCGCUGGUCAGGAGAGAUACCGAGCAAUCACAAGCGCGUACUAUAGAGGAGCGGUAGGGGCUUUGCUUGUGUACGAUGUAACACGUCAUGUGACGUUUGAGAACGUUGAGAGAUGGCUCAAGGAGCUUAGAGACCACACAGACGCCAACAUUGUCAUCAUGCUGGUUGGGAACAAGGCUGAUCUGCGUCACCUGAGAGCUGUUUCCACGGAAGACGCCAAGGCCUUUGCGGAGAGAGAGAACACCUUCUUCAUGGAGACGUCUGCGCUCGAGGCGUUGAACGUUGAGAAUGCUUUCACUGAAGUGCUUUCUCAAAUAUACCGUGUGGCGAGCAAGAAGGCGCUGGAUAUAGGAGAUGAUCAUGCUACUCUUCCUAAAGGACAGAGUAUCAAUGUUGGGUCUAAGGACGAUGUUUCUGAGGUCAAGAAGGUCGGUUGCUGCUCUAGUUGA